UAAACUCAAUUCUGCCUGAGACUACUAAGGAGGUUGCUCAUUUCGAAGACGACGACGACGGAAUCAUUUCUCAGUAGAAAGAAUAACUGAGUUUUUCUUCUCCACUGUCACUCUUUUCUGUCGCCGUCAUCGAGAUCUCACCGCUGAAAUUCCAAUUCACUUUGAGAAGAAACCAACUAUACAGAGUCGAACCCAGAAAUAGAUUCUGCAACUGAAUGCAGACGCGGCCGUCAGCUGACUAGACUCCAUUUUCUUGCCGGGCCGCCCACGGGAAACACCGAGCGAGAGAGACGACUGCCCCCCCGCAGCUCAAGCAUUCUAAUUUAGAUGACGGAUUGGGUGGAGUCAUUAUCGGUUAUUGCAUCAGCUGUGUCCACUUCGUCUACUAAGAGGCGCCUUCAGAUCUUUCGCAAUGAAAUUCCGGCAAUUAUUGUCAAUUCAGAGAUGUCAAAUGAGCUUGCUGCAGUGUUGGUAGAAAUAAUCUUUAGGACCCUGUCAAUUUAUGAUGACCGGAAAUCAAAGAAAGCUGUGGAUGAUUUUAUUUCUGAUGCUCUACGUGAAGUUAUUUUUCUGAAAUUUUUUACAGCAAUUCUUGUGCAAAACCUUGAAAAACGGAUAAAGUCAAAGUCUCCUGUGGACUGCUAUAGGCUUCUUAAGUGGUCAUGCCUUCUGCUAAGCAAGAGUAACUUUGCCAAUGUAUCUGCUAAUGCGCUGUCCAGAGUAGUUGGAGCACAAGCAGCAGCUCUUCACAUUGUUAUGCAAGGACCUUCUUCUGAGAAAAAGUCAUGCAAGAAAACCUUUUUCCACUUGUUCUUGGAGUCGCCAAAGAUCUUCAAGAUUUACUUGGAAGAAUUGAAGGAAGCAAGGAUCCCAUACAGAGAAAAUCCAGAAAUAUUGUGGCUUAUUCUUGAGUUUUCAUGCUCUAGUCCUUUCUAUUUGGAGCAAUGGAAGGCAACUUUUCUGGACAUAUACGUUACAUCUGUUCUAAAUACAAGGGAGAAGCCAACUAAAGAUCUCAGUGAUGCUUUCCUCCCAUUGUUUACUCGAUUAUCGCAUGAAGAGUUUAAGACUAUAGUGGUCCCAUCAUCAGUUAAAAUGCUGAAACGUAACCCUGAACUUGUAAUAGAAUCUGUGGGGUAUCUUCUGAAAUCUGUUAGCCUUGAUUUGAGCAAGUAUGCUGCAGAGAUUCUUCUAGUAGUACUAUCACAGGUUCGCAAUGCAGAUGAAGCAAGAAGGCAAGAAGCCUUGAUUAUAGUAAGAUAUUUGAGCCAAAAGUGCAGUGACCCUGAUGCUAUAGAAGCAAUGUUUAAUGCUAUCAAAUCUGUCAUUGGAGGUUCGGAAGGAAGGCUUACAUUCCCUUAUCAAAGGGUUGGCAUGAUUAUUGCAUUGAAAGAAUUGGCAAAUGUUCCAGAGGGGAAAUAUCUCAAAAACUUAUCACCUACAAUAUGCAGCUUUCUACUGUCGUGUUAUAAAGAUGAAGGCAAUGAAGAGGUAAAGCUUGCAAUUUUGUCAGCAGUAGCUUCUUGGGGAGUGAAAUUUCCUGACGCCGUGAAACCUGAUUUAGUUUCUUUUAUAGCCUCUGGGCUAAAAGAGAAAGAAACAUUGAGAAGGGGCCAUCUCCGUUGUCUACGAGUAAUAUGUAAAAAUGCAGAUAACAUUGCUAUGGUUGCAUCUUUGCAAAUGCCACUUGUCCAAUUGACUAAAACUGGUUUUACCAAAGUGUCUCAACGAUUAGAUGGUAUUUAUUCCUUGCUUUGCUCAGCGAAAAUUGCAGCUGUUGACAUUAAAGCAGAUGAAAUCCUUUUGAAGGAAAAGAUCUGGUCUGUGAUAUCACAAAAUGAACCUUCACUGGUACCGGUUUCUUUGGCUUCAAAGCUAUCAAUUGAUGACUGCAUGGCAUGUAUCGAACUUCUUGAGGUGUUACUUGUGUCUCACACACAGAGAGUAUUGGACAUUGUUUCCACUAGAUCAUUGUUACAGUUAGUACUGUUUUUAUUAUGUCAUUCGACUUGGGAUAUUCGAACAGCUGCUUAUGAGUGUACGAAGAAGAUUUUGUCUGCUGCUCCACAAUUAGCUGAACCUAUAUUCCAAGAAUUCACAAGUUCACUCUCUGUAAUAGGAGAAAAAGUUCUGCAUAAUAGGAGUGAGCUUGAGAGCACAUUGGAUGGCCAGGUUGCAUCACAUGCAUCGGUAGAGGUUUUGGUGAAGGCUCUACUUGUGAUCUCAUCAGCAGUUUUUCCUUUCACUGCCAACUUGUGCGUGAAUAUUAUGUUAUGCUCACACCAUCCAUGUUUGGUUGGCGGAGCAAGGAGAGAUACUGUGUGGAGGAGGCUGCGGAAGUGCUUGCAGACACUUGGUUUUAAUAUAUUUGAUCUUAUAACAGCUAAUGUUGGUAUCAUCUGCAAGGGCUUGCUAGGACCAAUUGGCCUGAUGAGUGCAAAUACUUUUGAACAAGAAGCAGCCAUUUAUAGUUUGACUACUUUAAUGUCUAUAAUCCCAAGGGAUAUUUAUGGAGAGUUUGAACAGUUCUUGGAGAAUCUCCCUGACCGUAAUGCACAUGACACUUUAACCAGGAGUGAAAUCCAGAUAUUUCGUACUCCUGAAGGAACAAUUUCCAGUGAGCAAGGUGUUUAUAUUGCAGAGUCUAUUGCCAGUAAGAAUGUUAAGCAAGCAAAAGGCCGUUUUCGUGUAUAUGAUGACCAUAAUGAGAUGGAUAAUGUUAAUUCCAAUCGUUUCUCUAAGCCUGAGCCUUCAGGUAGAGAAGUUGCCGGUGUAGGAAAAAGGGACACCGGAAAGUCAAUCAAGAAAGCUGAUAAGGGCAAGAGUUCAAAGGAAGAGGCACGUGAAUUGCAGCUUCAGGAAGAGGCCUGUUUACGUGAGAAAGUCUGGAUUAUACAGAAGAAUCUAACUCUGGUUCUUAAAGCCCUUGGAGAGAUGGCUAUAGCUAAUCCUAUUUUUGCUCAUAGUCAGCUACCUUCUCUGGUUAAGUUUGUUAACUCGUUGCUGAGGUCUCCAAUAGUGAGUGAAACGGCUUAUGAGACGCUGGUGAAACUUUCUAGGUGUACUGCACCUCCUCUCUGCAGUUGGGCAGUUGACAUUGCUACUGCCUUGAGAUUAGUUGAGACUGAAGAGGUUGAUGUUUUGUGGGAUUUAAUUACAUCCCUUGGUGAAUCAAGGACAGCUGAAAAACCCGACGUGGGCCUUUUUGAGCGUACAGUUAACGGAUUGUCCAUAUCCUGUAAAUCAGGGCCUCUACCUGUUGAUACUUUUACCUUUGUUUUCCCGAUAUAUAAUGCGAUAUUGCUGUCUUCCAAGAAGACUGCACUUCAUGAUGAUGUGCUCAGGAUGCUUUUUCUCCACAUGGAUCCUGUUCUACCUCUGCCUAGGCUUCGAAUGAUAUCAGUACUAUAUCAUGUCCUUGGUAUUGUUCCUGCUUACCAAGCAUCUAUUGCACCAGCAUUAAAUGAACUGUGUCUGGGUCUGCGUUCUGAUGAAGUGGCAUCUGCUCUUUCCGGAGUGUAUGCUAAAGAGGUUUAUGUUCGCAUGGCUUGCUUACAUGCUAUAAAAUGUAUACCAGCUGUUGCCAACCGCUCUCUUCCUCAAGAUGUUGAAGUUGCUACAAGCAUUUGGCUUGCUUUGCAUGAUUCUGACAAGUCAGUUGCUGAAGUGGCAGAGGAUAUAUGGGAUCGGUAUGGCCAUGACCUUGGGAUUGAUUAUUCCGGACUGUUCAAAGCACUUUCCCAUGUGAACUAUAAUGUCCGUUCAGCUGCUGCAGAUGCACUAUCUGCUUCUUUGGAUGAAAAUCCUGAUACUAUUCAGGAGGCUCUGUCAACUUUAUUUUCUUUGUACAUCCGUGAUGUUGGCCUUAGAGAGGACACCAAUGAUGCUGGUUGGGUUGGAAGACAGGGAAUUGCCUUAGCUCUGCACUCUGUGGCUGAUGUGGUCAGAACUAGGGACCUUCCAGUCAUUAUGACUUUUUUGAUAUCACGAGCUUUGGCUGAUAGUAAUGCUGAUGUACGAGGUCGAAUGAUUGAUGCUGGGGUUAUGAUCAUAGAUAAACAUGGAAAAGAUAAUGUCUCUUUGCUGUUUCCUAUUUUUGAAAACUACUUGAACAAAAAGGCAUCUGAUGAAGAAACAUAUGAUUUAGUUCGUGAAGGUGUUGUCAUAUACACAGGAGCUUUGGCAAAGCAUUUGGCUGAGGAUGACCCUAAGGUCCAUGCUGUUGUAGAGAAGUUACUGGAUGUGUUGAACACACCAUCAGAAGCAGUCCAACAAGCAGUUUCUUCCUGCUUAUCUCCAUUAAUGAAGUCAAAACAAGAUGAUGCUCCUGUACUGGUUUCUAAGCUACUUGAUCGAUUGAUGAAAAGUGAGAAAUAUGGAGAGCGGCGUGGAGCAGCAUUUGGAUUAGCUGGUGUAGUUAAGGGAUUAGGAAUUUCAUGUAUCAAGAAGUAUAGUGUUGUUGUUACUUUAUCAGGAGGUCUGGUUGACAGGAAUUCAGCUAAACGUCGAGAAGGAGCAUUGCUGGCAUUUGAGUGCCUUUGUGAGAAACUAGGGAGAUUAUUUGAACCGUAUGUAAUUUAUCUGUUGCCUUUGCUCCUGAUUUCUUUCUCUGACCAAGUUAUUGCUGUCCGAGAAGCGGCUGAAUGUGCUGCUCGUGCAAUGAUGUCCCGGCUUAGUGCUCAAGGGGUGAAGCUUGUGCUGCCAUCACUUUUAAAGGGUCUUGAAGAUAAGGCUUGGAGAACGAAGCAGAGCAGUGUGCAACUUCUUGGUGCCAUGGCAUACUGUGCUCCACAGCAGCUUUCCCAGUGCCUUCCUAAGAUUGUACCUAAAUUAACAGAGGUGCUAACCGACACACAUCCUAAAGUACAGUCGGCUGGACAAACUGCUCUUCAACAGGUUGGCAGUGUUAUAAAGAACCCUGAGAUAUCAUCUCUUGUCCCUACUCUAUUAUUGGGUCUUACAGACCCCAAUGAGUGCACAAAAUAUUCACUCGAUAUUCUUCUACAAACAACAUUUGUGAAUUCGAUUGAUGCUCCUUCACUUGCGUUGUUAGUACCUAUAGUCCACAGAGGGCUGAGGGAACGAAGUGCUGAAACAAAAAAGAAAGCUUCACAGAUAGUUGGGAAUAUGUGUUCCUUAGUGACUGAACCUAAAGACAUGAUUCCUUAUAUUGGUAUACUCCUCCCUGAAGUGAAAAAGGUUCUUGUAGAUCCUAUACCUGAAGUUCGUUCAGUUGCUGCAAGGGCUCUUGGUUCUCUAAUUAGAGGAAUGGGAGAGGAAAUUUUCCCAGAUCUUGUCUCAUGGUUGUUGGAGACACUUAAAUCCGACGGUAGUAAUGUUGAACGUUCUGGAGCUGCUCAAGGCUUAAGUGAGGUGUUGGCUGCCCUAGGGAGCGAAUACUUUGAACGUUUACUUCCGGAUAUUAUCAGAAAUUGUUCUCACCAGAAGGCCUCGGUUCGGGAUGGUUAUCUCACACUUUUCAAGUACUUUCCGAGAUCUUUGGGUGUACAGUUCCAAAAUUAUCUACAGCUGGUUCUACCAGCUAUCUUAGAUGGUCUUGCGGACGAAAAUGAAUCUGUUCGUGAGGCAGCACUUAGUGCUGGACAUGUUCUGGUGGAGCAUUAUGCAACAACAUCUUUGCCUCUCCUCCUCCCAGCUGUCGAAGAUGGUAUCUUCAGUGAUAAUUGGCGUAUACGUCAAAGUUCUGUGGAACUGUUGGGUGAUCUUUUGUUUAAGGUUGCUGGAACUUCUGGUAAAGCACUCCUUGAGGGAGGUAGUGAUGAUGAAGGUGCCAGUACUGAGGCACAAGGACGUGCUAUCAUUGAAGUUCUUGGGAGAGAAAAGAGGAAUGAAGUCCUUGCUGCUCUUUAUAUGGUUCGAACGGAUAUCAGUAUAACAGUACGACAGGCUGCCUUGCAUGUGUGGAAGACCAUAGUAGUAAAUACUCCCAAGACUCUAAAAGAAAUAAUGCCAGUUUUGAUGAAUACUUUGAUCUCUUCUCUUGCUUCUUCAUCAUCUGAAAGACGACAGGUUGCUGCGCGAUCCUUGGGAGAACUUGUUAGAAAACUUGGAGAGCGGGUUUUGCCUUUGAUAAUUCCCAUUUUAUCUCAAGGGCUAAAGGAUUCAAGUCCUAGUCGGAGACAAGGAGUGUGCAUUGGUCUAAGUGAAGUAAUGGGCAGUGCAGGCAAGGCUCAAUUAAUCAGUUUCAUGGAUGAGCUUAUCCCAACAAUUCGCACAGCACUUUGUGAUAGUGUGCCCGAGGUUCGUGAAUCUGCAGGCUUGGCUUUCAGCACACUGUACAAGAGUGCUGGAAUGCAAGCUAUUGAUGAGAUCGUGCCAACACUCUUGCAAGCUUUAGAUGAUGAUGAAACUUCUGAUACUGCACUUGAUGCCCUCAAACAAAUUUUAAGUGUCAGGACAGCUGCUGUUUUGCCUCAUAUCUUGCAAAAACUGGUCCAGGUUCCUAUAACUGCCUUCAAUGCACAUGCUCUUGGUACUUUUGCUGAAGUCGCAGGGCCUGGCCUUAAUUACCAUCUUGGUACCGUGCUUCCUACUCUACUUGCAGCAAUGGGCGAUGAUAAUAUGGAAGUUCAUAAUUUAGUAAAGAAGGCAGCGGAAACUAUUGUUGUAGUUAUUGACGAGGAUGGUGUAGAUCCAUUGAUAUCUGAACUACUAAAGGGAGUGGGGGAUACUCAGGCCUCAAUUAGAAGAAGUUCAUCAUACCUCAUUGGAUAUUUUUUCAAGAACAGCAAAUUAUAUUUGGAGGAUGAAGCUCCAGCUAUGAUAGCUAGCUUAAUUGUUUUGCUGAGUGAUUCAGAUUCGGCGACAGUUGCGGUUGCCUGGGAAGCUUUAUCUAGGGUUAUCAGUUCGGUUCCAAAGGAUAUUCUUCCAUCAUAUAUAAAGUUAGUUCGUGAUGCCAUAUCCACAUCUAAGGAUAAAGAACGUAGAAAGAAGAAAGGUGGUGCUGUUCUUAUACCUGGAUUGUGUCUUCCUAAGGCCCUUCAACCCCUGCUUCCCAUCUUCUUGCUGGGUCUUAUGAGUGGACCCACAGAAUUACGAGAGCAGGCAGCUCAAGGUCUUGGUGAGUUGAUUGAAGUGACAAGCGAAAAAGCACUAAAGGAGUUCGUUAUUCAAAUCACAGGACCCUUGAUUCGAGUAAUAGGGGAUAGAUUCCCAUGGCAAGUGAAGGCUUCCAUCUUAUCAACUUUGAGCAUCAUAAUCAGGAAAGGGGGGUUGGCUCUGAAGCCUUUUCUGCCACAACUUCAAACAACAUUUAUCAAGUGCCUACAGGAUACUACAAGGACUGUUCGUUCAAGUGCUGCUGUUGCACUUGGGAAGCUUAGUCCACUCAGUCCGAAGGUUGACCCUUUAGUAGGUGAUCUUCUGACAUCUUUGCAGGCAUCCGAGGCUGGUGUGCGUGAGGCCAUUUUGACUGCUUUAAGAGGCGUUCUUAAGCAUGCUGGGAAGAAUGUGAGCAAAAUAGUUCUGAUGCGUGUCUACAGUCUUCUAAAUAAUUUAGUAGACGAUGAUGAUGAUCAAAUUCGAGGUUCUGCUGCAAGUGUAUUGGGUAUCACUUCAGAGUACAUGGAAGACGGUGAACUUUCCCAGUUAUUUGUAGACCUGUUGAAAUGUGCUUCUUCUCCUAACUGGUUUGCAAGGCAUGGGUGUACACUUGCUAUAUCUUCCAUGCUCAAACACAAUCCUAAAGUUCUAUGUGCAUCUUCCACAUUUUCUCUUCUUGUUGAUUUGCUGAAAAAUAACUUAAAAGAUGAGAAGUUCCCUGUACGCAAGGCAACUACCAGAGCAUUGGGGAGGCUUCUAGCUUAUCAAAUUCAAAAUGAACCCUUGAAUGCUUCACAGCAUCUUGAAAUUCUUUCAUUGUUAGUAUCAGCCAUGCAAGACGAUUCAAGUGAAGUCAGAAGAAAGGCACUAUCAGGCCUGAAAGCAGCUGCCAAGGUCAAUUCUUCAUCCAUCAUAGUUCAUGUAUCUGUAUUUGGACCUGCACUAGCUGAGUGUUUAAAAGAUUCAAGUACGCCUGUUAAACUUGCUGCAGAGAGAUGUGCUUUACAUUGCUUACAAUUGACCAAAGGAGCCGAGAACGUCCAAUCUGCACAAAAAUUCAUCACUGGAUUGGAUGCUAGGCGAAUCUCCAAACUUUCUGAACAUAGUGACGACAGUGAAGAUAGUGAGGACGAGUUGGGAAGUGGCUGAUGAACAAGCAAGUGAAUGUAUACUUUGUUUCAAUGGCGGGUUUCUUUAGAGAGGUUAAUUUUGAUGCUCAUAUAUUUGUUUAGGCAUAUUUCAUGGUGGAAUGAUAUUUUGUUUUUGGUACUGAGAGAGCCAUUAUUCCUAACAAAUAGGUUUGCCCUCUUGUGACUGUAAUUUAUCAAACCUCUUAAAUACAAAAAAUAUUUUAAA